AUGUCGCUAUUGUUCAAUACCUUGCCGGCUACGGCGCGUGUGUCUCCCACGCCCUUCAAGGUCGCUAUUCACAAAAGUCAGCUCACUGAACUUGAAACCCUGAUCAAGCUAUCGAAGCUUGCUCCUCCUACAUUCGAGAAUUCCCAAGUGGAAUCUCCAUAUGGUGUCACCACUCACUGGUUGGUAGCCAUGCGGGAUCAGUGGCUGCGGUCUUAUAAAUGGAAAACUUCUGAAGAUCGAAUUAACAGUUUUCCUCAGUGGACGACUGAAAUUGAAGAUCUGACCAUCCACUUUGUCGGGCUCUUCUCGCGGAAGAAGGAUGCCAUUCCAAUCUUAUUGAUCCACGGGUGGCCAGGAAGCUUUUUGGAGUUUCUUCCCAUUCUGGAUAUUUUUCGACGGGAGUAUACGCCAGACACUCUACCUUAUCAUCUAAUUGUGCCCUCGCUACCCGGCUUCACAUUCUCCUCUGGCCCUCCGCUGGAUAGGAACUUUGAUACAUCGGACAUUGCUCGCGUUUUUGAUCACUUGAUGAAAAUUUUGGGAUUUGAGAGUGGAUAUGUUGCGCAAGGUGGUGAUAUUGGAAGUCGCAUCGCCAGAACCUUGGCCGUGGACUAUGAAAGCUGCAAAGCCGUUCAUCUCAACGUGACCUUCAUGGCUAAACCAGAAGGCAUGGCGGACGACAACUUGAAUGCGUUCGAGAUACAAGGUAUCGAGAGGUUCCAGAAUUUCCGAACUACGGGGUGUGGGUACUCAAUUGAGCAUGCAACUCGACCAAGUACCAUCGGUCAUGUUCUCGCCAGUAACCCGAUAUCCUUGUUAGCAUGGGUUGGUGAAAAGUUUCUGGAAUGGGUGGACGACCCUCUGACCCCGGAACACAUUCUCGAAUCCAUCACGUUAUAUUGGCUGACUGACACGAUUGCUCGUUCAAUUUAUACAUAUCGUCAGAGCUACCCUCCUCCCCCUGUCGCAGCUGCAAAUGAAUCGCGUUGGUAUAUCAAUGUACCAUUUGGUUAUUCUGCCUUCCCCAAGGAGCUCGCACCACUUCCUCGCUCAUGGGUAGAAACUACCGGUAAUCUGGUUUACUGGGGCCAACACCAAAAGGGUGGUCAUUUCGCUGCGCUUGAGCAACCAGAAGCCCUCAAGUCCGACCUGGUGGAAUUUGUGGAGCAGGUCUGGCCGAGUAUAAACAGUGGCAAGUGA